AAUAAUUAAAGCAAAAUAAACAAAAAUUCGCUCGCUUUUUACAGAAACAGGAGCGUGAAGAGUGAGUGUGUGAAAGCGAGAGUCCGCAAAAUCUUCACUGUAUGUAACGUUUCUUCUUCUCUUCGUCUAUCAUCUUAGCAGAGGCUUAGCUAUCAGGUGUUGCUGUGUUAUCGUGACCAAUUCUUUGGUAUAUAAUUUACAGCGUUGGGGUCUAUAUAUCUAAAACUCAAUGUCACCAGAGGGCUAGUGGUACUAUGGACUGUUUCUGGACUGUUAGUCGCAUUAAAGGUUCUCUGUGCCAACAAUUCCUUUUAUUAAUUGUCUGGCUAUCUAGUUUUCAAGAUGUAGUGACCUUACAUAACUUGCUUGAUCCUAGUCAUGUGUCUUCCACAUCCGAGCUACCUAAUCAACCUAGUACUGGACUUUUUGAACCUAUUGAAAUAUCACCUGCAGUAUUUCCGCAUCUUCCAGAUCCUGGUGAAUCUUUGCCACCUAUGUACCCAACUUUUCCUACCACAUAUGAACCAAACUUGACUGGGAAAUGCCCUAUAAGUUUCUCUGCUCUGUCUGGUAUAAUGGACAAAACAGCAUCAGAUUGUUCUCAACCGAUGGCAGAAAUAGUAGGAAAUGUUAUAUGUUGCCCACAGCUUGGUAGUUUACUUCACAUUUUCCUGGGCUACCACAGCAUCAAGUCUGAUAAGUUGGUUUUGCAAAACGCUGUUGCUGAUGAUUGUUUUUCAGAUAUUAUCAGCAUAUUAGCCAGCAGAGGGGCCAACAAGACAAUCCCUGCCAUCUGCUCUGUAAAAUCAUCAAAUCUUACUGGUAGUGCUUGUCCGGUGAAGGAUGUUACAACCUUUGAGAAAAUAGUAAAUACAAGCAAACUUCUGGAGGCCUGCAGCUCUGUUGAUGCUCUUAAAGAGUGUUGUAGACCAAUUUGCCAGCCUGCUAUUAUGGAAGCUGCACUUCAGUUGUCAGGAACAGCUGUGACCAUCAGUGAGAAUAAAAAUGUGGUGGGGGAACCCAAUCAUGUGGACGCACUUAAUGAUUGUAAAGGCGUUGUAUAUUCAUACCUUUCUAAGAAACUCUCAGUUGAUGCUGCGAAUACUGCAUUCCGGAUAUUAUCUGCCUGCAAAGUGAAUAAGGUUUGCCCUUUAAAUUUUACGCAGCCUUUGGAAGUAAUUAAUGCAUGCCGAAAUGUUGCUGCACCUAGUCCUUCCUGUUGUAGCUCGUUAAAUGCUUAUAUUGCGGGGAUACAGACACAAAUGCUAAUCACAAAUAAGCAAGCCAUAAUCUGUGCAACGCUAUUUGGGUCUAUGCUGCGGAAGGGCGGGGUGAUGACAAAUAUAUAUGAGCUAUGCGACGUUGACUUGAAAGAUUUUAGCAUCCAAGCAGCUUUUGGACAACAAGGGUGCCUACUUCGGAGCUUGCCUUCAGAUGUGGUACUUGACAAUUCAACAGGUUUCAGCUUUACAUGUGACUUGACCGACAACAUUGCAGCUCCGUGGCCGUUAUCAUCCUCAAUGUCAUCAUUGUCUCUUUGCGCUCCUGAGAUGUCAUUGCCUGCCCUGCCAACAUCAGCAAGAAAGAAAAAUUCCGGUUGUCGAGGUGGUGGGUUUGAAUAUGUGGUAUCCAUUUUUUCAUUUUUUAUUUUUAGUGCAUUGAUUUACUGAAGAAAUGUGAGAGUUGAGGGUAGCCAUUGUGCAAUUGGGGCUUUUGGGAAUUGACCUUGUGUGCAAAUCCUACGUGUAUAUUUUUGAGUAGCCGUGAUCAAGAGCAGCUGUUCUUUUUCUUUU